AUGCUGGGGACCCCCGCCGUCUGCAGGCUGACCGUGGCCUCAGACGAAAAACACGGUCGAACCACUCAAACCAGAAAUAACACACUCUUUUCCCCCUCCUCCGCCUCCCGCCGACCCACUCGCCAGACUGGUAGGGUAAGUCCACUUACUCUGACAGCCUGGGAUGUUCGUUCCCUUUUAGACAAUCGGAGAAGAAAUCGACUGGACGAAGAACGACGUCUGUGGCUCAGAAACUAGCGGCUACAUGGUGGGCAUCGCUGCACUUAGCGAAACCCGCUUCUCCAAGCAAGGCCAACUGGGGGAGAUGGAUGCCGGCUACACCUUCAUCUGGAGCGGUCGCCCCAGGGCAGAGCGACGAGACGCGGGUGUCGCCUUUGUCAUUCGGAACAACAUUGUGGGACGACUAUCCUGUCUGUCGCAGGGGACCAUCGAUCGCCUGAUGAGCCUCCGCCUGACUCUCCGGGGAGGCAAAUUCGCCACAAUCGUCAGCGUCUACGCCCCACCUAUGACCAGUCCUGGCGAGGCGAGGAACAAACUCUACGAUGACCUGCAUGUCCUCCUGGCGACUGUGCCGAAGGAAGAUAAGUUGUUUGUCCAUGGUGACUUCAAUGUCCGCGUCGGCACAGACAAGGAAGCCUGGAGAGAAGUACUGGGUCCCCAUGGUCUCGAUUGUUUUAACGACAAUGGACUACUCCUCCUACGAACCUGCGCAGAACACCGACUUAUCUUGACCAAACCUUCCGCCACCCGAUGCAUGAAGAAGGCCACCUGGAUGCACCACCAGUCGCGACAGUGGCACCUGCUGGACUAUUUCCUCGUUCGGAUGUGAGACCUCCGGGACGUGUAAGUGUCAAUGGAGAUUCCGGAAGCCGACGAGUGGACCGACAAUCGUCUCGUCAUCUCCGAGAUGCGAAUUCGUCUACAGCCUGGCAGGGGACCUCAUUGUAAUCGACCCACAGUUAAGCUGAACAUUGCUCUGUUGUCUUUGCCUGCUUACCAUCUCCAUUUCAGCAGCAAACUAGCUCAGCGCUUAGAAACCUUCCAGUCGACGCCGCCAUCGAGAACGUCGCCGGUGACAACCGGUGGUCCCAACUCCAGGGCACAGUCCGGUCGACGGCCCUGUCUGCUCUCGGUCGCGCACGUCGCCUGACAACGACGCCGUCAUCAGCAACCUGCUCGCCUGGGACAAUCGCCUGCAGAAAGACUACGUCGACGGCCACAACGACGACAACAAAGCAGCCUUCUACGCAGUCACCGCCUUGUGCAACAGCUUCCGCUCGAGAUUCAGGACGCCUGGACGGCUCGCAAAGCCAACGAGAUUCAAGGGUACGCGGACCGUAACGAGUUGAAAACUUCUCCGCGAUCAAAGCUGUCUAGGGUCCGCCAACCAAAGCAACUGCUCCCCUCCUGAGUGUCGACGGCAGUACCCUACUCACUGAGAAGACACCAACUCUAAAGCAAUGGUCCGAGAACUUCAGAGGCGUCCUCAACCGUCCCUCCAUCAUUUCCGACGUCACAAUCACCCGUUUGCCUCAAGUGGAGAUCAAUGUCGACCUCGACCUCCCGCCCUCUCUCCACGAAAUCAUCGGAGCCGUGCAGCAGCUCUCUAGCGGGAAAGCGUCCGGAUCACACGCGAUCCCUGCUGAGAUCUACAAGAACGGUGACCUUCAACUCAUGGAUCACCUGACUACGCUCUUUCAGAUGUGA